GGGGGUAGGCAACGCCGCUGGUGUCGAGGCUAAGUCGCCACGUCCGUGCGUGGCACCGGGCGAGCCCCGAUUUGUUUCCGUUAUUACUGUGAGGCUUCUUCGUGGUGCAGCAUCGGUACGCUGGACUCGUUUUGUAUCGUUCCCACAAAUACGUGUUCGUUAGUUAUUGAAGCGAUCGCAGAUCACAUUAACGUUCAGAAUGAGCACCCGAGUAUUCGUUGGUGGAUUAACAUACCGGGUGAGAGAGCGCGACCUUGAGAAGUUCUUCCGGAAAUAUGGUAGAAUCAAGGAGGUCGCUAUGAAGAAUGGAUUUGCCUUUGUGGUAAGUCUAAUGUGGUUCCAUUGUUUUUUUUUACAGUAUGGUAGGGACAAGAGUCUAUGUCGGUGGGCUUCCAUACGGCACCAGGGAAAGAGACCUUGAGAGAUUUUUCAGAGGCUACGGUCGAUUCCGUGAUGUUCUCAUCAAGAAUGGUUACGGCUUUGUCGAAUUUGACGACUAUAGGGAUGCCGACGAUGCCGUAUACGAACUGAAUGGCAAAGAACUUCUAGGAGAAAGAAUUACUGUAGAGAGGGCUCGGGGGACACCUAGGGGUAGUGACCAGUGGCGCUAUGGUGACUCCCGUGGUGGUUAUGGGGACUCGAGGCGAUCUGCCCGAGACGAUAUGCGGCACGACAGAGAUAGUGUGAACAGAAACACGAGGACUGCAUCUAGCUACAAGCAAUCAUUGCCCAGAUACGGACCACCGACUCGCACCGAGUACCGCCUUACUGUGGAAAAUCUGUCAAGUCGCGUCAGCUGGCAGGAUUUGAAGGAUUACAUGAGACAAGCUGGUGAAGUAACGUACGCGGAUGCCCAUAAACAACGUAGAAACGAAGGAGUCGUCGAAUUUGCUACCUACUCGGAUUUGAAGAAUGCUAUUGACAAGUUGGAUGAUACGGAAUUGAACGGUCGCAGAAUUAGGCUCAUUGAAGAUAAGAGACGCGGCCGCCGUUCUCGAUCCUCCAGCUCUAGAUCACGUUCUCGUUCCCGUUCACGCUCCCGCCGUCGUUCGCGCUCCCGCUCAAGGUAUAAUCGUCGUUCUCGAUCCCGAUCAAGGAGUCGCCGCAGCUCUCGCAGCCGCAGCCGUCGUAGCAGCCGUUCCAAGUCAAGAGCACACUCGAAAUCCAAAUCCAAAUCUAAAUCCAAAUCCCCCGAACGCAGCCGCUCACGCUCAAAGUCCAAAUCAAGAGACCGCUCAAAGUCGAAAUCUAAGUCAAAGUCCAAAUCCAGAUCUCGUUCUAGGUCCAAGGCUGAGAGGUCAAAGUCCAGGUCGCAGUCCAAAUCCAAAGCCAAGUCUCCCUCAAAGGAUAGAUCGAGCCGCGAACGCUCCAGGGGUGACAGAUCCAGAUCUCGCUCGGGCAGCAAACACAGCAAGAGCCGUAGCCACUCUCGUUCGCCGAUGAAUGGCGACAAAUCUCCCGAGAGUGGCAAACAGAAAGCUGACUGAAUCGGAUGGGACUAAUGAUAUGAAAAGAUUACUGACUUACUUUCUUUCUUUUCUUUUUUUUUUUUAUAUCGAACUGCAGUCGAGAAACCGAUCCUUUUCUCAUGCCUUAGGAGAACCGUGAUUAUUAAUUGUAAUAAUAAAAUUUUACAUCUCUCAUGUCUGUAUGUUGUGUCGAAGCUUUUGAAAUUCCAAUAUUUGCGGAAUGAGUAACCGGGACUCUCUUACACAUUGCAGCUAUAUGUAGAAUUCUUCAUCAGUUUUGGUUUCCGAGUUGAGGCCUCGCGUUUUGUCAUUUUCGCUUCGUGAACGUUUCAUUCCACCUCGUCACAAGACGAGAAGUAAUUUGAUAUAUAUUUUUUUUUACAUCGGUAUUAUAUGCUGAUGAUUGUCGGAGAGUAAGGAAAAAAAAAUAUCAAUUCGAAAACCAUGACUGAUAAGUAGUGACCAACUGUGAGGCAAAAGCCUCCAAUUUUUCACGAUCUAUUACGUUACUGUGGACUUUUUAAUAAUUUGUAUUCAAGGCAAAUCUGGUCUCUGUAACUAAUGGCUAAUAAGUUAUAAGUUUGCUGACCGUUCAUGCUUUUUGUAUAUCAAAUUUGUUUCUCUAAAAGUACACACAAUUCAUAAUUUGUGUAUUCAGCAGAUGACGGAUGCUUUAUUCGUGCCUCUGACUACGCAUUUUUAAUGUAUCGUCGUAUAACAGAGUCUCUUUAAUGGCUUUCUGUAUAUAUUCCUAAUGAUUACGUUACAAUAAAAAGGUACGUGAUGUGUAUUUAAUGGUAAGAGGUAUCUAAUUGUCAAUAAAAGUUCAUGUCGAAGCAAAC